CUAGCAGGUACUAGAAAGCUGUGACGUAAAACACCGGCGACAAAAUGGCGGAUUAUUCCACGAAACGUGCCUCCUCCUGUUUAGUCUGGAUGUGACAAAAGUUUUUACGCAAAUAACCACCAAAAAUGACACGGCGUGACGGAGACGCCACCAUCAAAAUGACAAGAAUGGACCAGCAAGAGCCAGGACCUAGGAAAUACUCGCUUGGGACUGAAAGUGAGGGCAAAACUUCACCACAGCCGGCGCCGUCGUCGACGGGGUCAAAGCACCGGCAUGAUCGCGACAGUCUGCGGUCAACUUCCAACUCGCUGCCGGGCUCAAGGGCCUCGUCACGGCCCGGAUCACGCAUGGCGUCCCGGACAAACAGCCAGGAGUCCAUAAUUGAUCUUUUCGAUGGCAUGACACUGGCUUAUGGUCGGAAUGGUCAUGAAGGAAAAGGGUUCCAGCUUAUCUCUCCUAAGCCCAGAGACCUCCCUCACCAAAGGUGGACAUGGACCGACAAGUUGCGCAUCAAUAGUGCCAUCUGGAGGGCAUGGCACAUCCAAUUUGUGAAAGGCAAGAAACCGAUUGGAUGUCACUUUGAACCGCGACUUCCUGAAUCCCGACCCACACUGCAGGCGGAUGCAAUUCAGAGUGGCCGGGGGACUACUGGCAGCAUUCAGUACAACCAAUCACAGGUCGGCUCUGUCGUCAGGGACUAUAGACGAUGGCGUCUCUACCACAUGGACACCGGCAAGCCUGGGACGACCUCCUCCUCUCAAGGGGAGCCUGCAGAGAACCCAGAAGACAAGGCCUUCAAUUUGGACUCACGCCACCCACCCCUGUCCCCGAUGGCAGCCCGCACACUCCUUAACGAUGACCUGUCCAAGGACUUCUACGAUACGCUGUUCAUCAGCAAGAAGAAGUACUUCUCAGUUCCCCAUCCCAAGAAAAUUGCCCGCCAUGUCUACAAUGCCGAUAUCUUGCAGCCAGGGCUGAUGCAGCUGGAACCAGACUUUGAUGAUGAUUUCAUGGAUACAUUGGACUCCCUACAAGAUACGUUUUGCAAGACCCCUACCAAGGUAGAUCUGCGUAGUCUGAUUGAGUUCAAUGAUGGUCUGCUCUGUACGGAUAGCAUGAGCGCCUUCGCUGACUCAUUCUUCGGCCCGCUCACGACCGUGAGUGAGGAGACUAGCGAUGCACAGCAGGAUCCCAUCCCGGUAUCAGCCAGCAUGGCCCCCUACCCCGUGGCAAUCACGCCCAAUCCAGCCAACGUGGCCCGCAAUCUUACCUUCCCAUCCUUCUCGGUCGCUCCAUCGGCAAGUACUCCAGGGACGUCCUCCUGUCAGUUCUGGGGCCAGCCCGGCUACCAAGUCACUGCUGGUAAGCAGUCGCAGGCCGGUGGUGCUUUCCCCAAGCAAGCCACAGGCGCUGGUGCUUCUCCAGUGUCAGUGGUCUACACGUCUGGGGCAGUCUUUGACCAGAUGCCGCCCAUCUUGGAAGUAUCGGGUGCUGGUGCUGGAGGUAUGACGAUGAUGGUGGAUUCGACCCCUUACCCUAAGCCACAGAUUAGCUGUAUUUCGUCUACCCAUUCACAGGUGUAUUCCACAGCAAUUGCCAAGCAGGAGCCAUACAGUCCACCAAUGGCUACCAGUCCUCAGACCAUGAACACUGGAGUGGACAUCAACGAUGCUCUUGAUAUAAUAGCUGCUCAGUUACAACAGCAGCAGCAGCAGCAGCAGCAGCAGCAACAACAACAACAGCAACAACAGCAACAACAACAAUAUAAACAGUUGCAGCAGCAAGCCCAGAAUGCUUCUGUUGUCGGCAUGAGCCACACCAGUUGGUCUGGCAGUAGUCAGAAAGGACAGCUACAGCCCACCUCGCAGACUUACACCAUGCCAAUGGAAUCCACUAACUGGCCCAACUCCAACCUGCCUCAGGCCCUACCUUCCUCAGGCGUGAACUGGUCCUUAGCUGGGGGUACGCCAGAUGUUUCCAUCACUAUGGGUGGAUUCCCACAAGGCAUCAUGUCUCAAGGAGGCCUGUCAAGCUCCAAUAUGGCAUUUAUCCAGAAUGCAGGCGGCCUGCCCCAUGUGAUGAUUGCUGAUACCAUGGCACCAAUGGACCAAAACAUAAUCCUUGGUGCAGCGUAUUCCCAACAAAAUAACACAGCACAAUCAAGCACACACAGCACACCGGGCCACGGAACACCAGGUCACACAACACCAGGUCACAGAACACCGGGCCAUGUAACUCCAGGCCACAGAACACCAGGGCAUGUUACACCAGGUCACAAGACACCGGGACAUGUGACUCCGGGUCAUGUGACACCUGGCCACAUGACUCCAGGCCAUGUGACUCCAGGCCAUGUGACACCAGGCUAUGUAACCCCAGGUCAUGUGACCCCAGGUCAUGUGACCCCAGGCCAUGUGACCCCAGGUCAUGUGACCCCAGGUUAUGUAACCCCGGGACCACUGACACCACAGAUGGAUGAAAGCAUGGAGUUUGAAGAGUUUCCAUUUCCAUCCACGCCCAAGUCCGGCAGUAGCACAUCGUCAUAUAAGACAAAAAGAGAGCGCCCUCGCAGUCGGAAGAAUUCCCAUGACCGCAGUCCACGCGUCAGCCAGGUCGGGUUCACCGACUCGGCCUCCUAUGCCAGUUAUAUGGGAAAGUCUGAGGCCAAAGAUCUUGGCAUGCCUAGCCCAUCAGAGAUGUCUGUAACCCCCUUCCUCCCGUCAUCCGGCCAUCCGUCCAACGUGUCUAGUGCGGCAUCCUCCCCUGGCAGCGUAACAGAAGGCACAGAAUUUGAGUUCCCCACACCUCAAGCUAAACGGAGAAAGACACCAGACAGCAAUGGAGAAAAGGAAAGUCGCCGGAGGUACAAGCACCUACAAUCUGAGCACAAGCGUCGCUUCAACAUCCAGUCAGGAUUGGAUGAGAUCCAGAGGGUGGUGCCCGGCCUGCGGAAUACCAGCGACUCCAACAAAAGCAGUACGGCCACCAUGCUGCAGAAAGCCCAUGAGCAUAUAGUGCUUUUGAAGGCAGAAUUGAAAGACAUGAGGAACGAUGCUGAGAAACUCCGUGAGGAAGUACAGGCGCUCAACACCGAAAUAGACUCAUGUCAAGAUGAGUUACCAGAUAGCGGGGCACCAGUCACUGCCCAGAGCGACCGGCAGCUGCACCAGAUGAUGGACACCUACACCCACCAGAAAAUGAGGGAAAACUGGACAUUCUGGAUCUUCAGCCUGAUAGUCCGCCCAUUGUUUGAGACAUACCUGUCAGCUGUUAGCUCUUCCCACAUCAGCGACUUUGACCAGACCGUCCAGGACUGGACUGAAGAACACUGCAGAUUGAAACCCCUUAGGAAAUUGGUGACAGCAGCAUUAACCAAAGUUAGCCGAGAAACAUCUAUCCUGAUGGAUCCUGCUUCCCUCCCAACUCAGAUCAAAGAAAUCAUCUCGAAAGACAACGACCGGGGCCCACACGGCAAGACAUAACAACAAGCCCCUGCACAGAGUAUUUUCUCAACUUCUAAUUUAUUUUUUACACAUUUCUUGCUUCCCUUUUUAAGAAAAUGAAAUAAAAUUAGCAUUAAAGCCUGAAUUAGAACCACUAUUGUAUUAUAUGCCACCGAGCCAUGAAGUAAAGCAUGCACCACAGAAGUAGAAGAAGCCGGGGAGGUCUUUUGCUCGUAGCUGCCGCCAAGUGAAGGUCAUUGGUUGAAAAUAAUAGAUCCAAUUGGUGCUCACUAUUUAUUCGUUACUUGGUUGUUUGUAUCAUCGGUAAUGAGCCUCUGUACUGAUGACGUCACACUUUGUUUGCAUGUGCACUUUCCUGUGGAGCCAGUGGGGUCCACGGUCCACUGAGCACCAUAGGAAAGCACAUGCGUAAACAAAGUAUUACGUCAUCAGUACAGAGGCUUAUUGCAUUCUAGAACUUCUGGGGUCAAAUUUGAAAUACAAAAGUCAAUAUGACUUGUUCAUGAAUGAUCUUGCAAUCGAUUUAUUUUCAAAGAUAGAAACAUUUAUUGGAAAUGAUAGUAUACAUUUAUUUGUGCCAUGUGGAUUAAUCAAUUUUUUAAAAAUACGAUUUGUAUUUGAAUCGCAUGAUAUGCUGCAUUAUUUAUAUGUGUUGGCGAGAAGGUGAGGUGGACAUUGUUAAACUGGUUAGGUAAAUUACUGCUGCAUUGUGGAAAUUUGAUCCCAAGAUUAUAAAUAUUGGUAAUCGCCUCAGCUGCUGAGGUCAGGAAAGUUUUCCUUUAGAAAGUAACAUUUUUAUGUAGCUAGAAUUAAGAAGUGGCAACAAUGGGCAGGUGGCCACAAUGGGCAGGUGGCCACAAUGGGCAGGCGGCUACAGUGACAAGUGGCCACAAAGUACAGGUGGCCACAAAGUACAGGUGGCCACAAAGUACAGGUGGCUACAAUGGACAGGUGGCCACAAUGGACAGGUGGCCACAAUUGGCAGGUGGCUACAGUGACAAGUGGCCACAAAGUACAGGUGGCCACAAAGUACAGGUGGCCACAAAGUACAGGUGGCUACAAUGGACAGGUUGCCACUAUGGACAAGUGGCCACACUGGUAAAUCUGUUUGUGUAAUAUGAGCAAGUUAAUUUGCAUUGCUGUAUAUCAUCAACUUAUGCAGAUUAUUUGGUGUUGGGCCUAUCCAAGCCACAGUGCUUUGCCCAAUAGUACCAACAUGGCUGUAUCUGUGAGAAAAGGAUAGAUUACAAAUGAUUUUUGUUUCAGUAACAUAUGUGCAAACACCACUGUUAACAAGAUAAAGAACACUGCCACCUACAUGUAUGAGUUUAGGUACUCGUUCAAACAUAUCACCUGAAUCAAGCAUGGGCGUAAAUCGCACAGGGGAUGGGCAGGAUAUCUUUCUGCCCCCCCCCCCACACUUUUUUUUUACCGGGGGUGGGGUUGGGGUUGGAAAUUGGAUUCUCCAUGCGGAUUUUGAAACUUUCAACUGUCCAAAUUUAUGAAAUAGUUCAAAAACGGAGAAGAAACAGUUCAAAAGCUUUGAAUAUAUCAUUUCCAUGUAAGGUUAAGGGACGCAAGUUUGCAUUACAUGUCCUUUUUUUCAUGAACAGUGCCCCAGAGUGUCACAUUGUUAUCCCCUAUCUCUCUCCCCCCCCCUUCCUUCCCCCGCCGGGCAGUUUUAGGAUUUUGCGGUAUGGUCAUCCCUUGUCCCCCCACUCCCUGACACAGAUUCAUGCCACUGGAUUCAAAGGAAAAAUACCAUCAUUGAUAAUAGAAAUAUUUACAUUUUGAAGAGAAAAAUAUUUUCCAUUUUUACCUCUCAUAUAGUAGCAAAGUAGCCUGUAUCAGGCAUUUACUACACAUACCAUUUCUUUCAAUGUUCUGGGAACCAUUUCCAGAUCAGUAACUUCCAUAUGCAAGUGUUUGACUGUAACUAUUCUCUUUAAUACAAAUUAGUGCCGUGUGCUGUAUGUACAGUGUUUUUACUCAUGUAAACAAUUGUUCCCUCUCAUUGUACAUUAACAUCCAAGCACAAUUAGAAGAAAAAUCAUGCGAUUAAAGACUAUGGAAAACAUGGCACCAGGUUUAAGAUUCAUUUGCACACCUUGUAACGAUCCUAUCAAAUUCCAUAGAAAUAGUACAAAAUAAAUUUGAAUUUGAAAAACUGGAACAAAAUUGAAAUGACUUGUAGAGGUUUAAUUUUAAUUUGUUUUUCUUUUACUUUUGGUUGGAGUUGUGUGCAUGCUCAUGGUCUUAAGCGGAAGUUUUAGAAAUAAAGAAGGCGCUGUAUUUUGGUUUUUAAGUUACACUGUUCCAUUAAUGUCUUAGAAAUGUGGCAUAAUUAUUGUGUGCUAUGUAUAUGUCUAUAUUUAUGAAUUUUACAUGAAAUAUUUGGUGCAUGUGUGUUUGUGAGAUGAAAGUAUGGAUGUGCUAUCUUUGGAUGCUAUGUGUACAUUUGAUAGUGCUGAUGAUUAGUAGGGUGUAAUUUAUUGUUUGAAUAAAGAUGUGUUUUUAGAGUCACCCAAAACAAA